AAAAGAAUCUCUUUAAUAUAAUCCACGACGACGAUCAAAGUGAGGUUAGGUUCCUUUCCUCUCCUCCUCUCUCUCUCUCUCUCUCUCUUCUUUUCUCUCCACGGUUUUGAUCUCGGAUUUGAGGAACAAGCUCUGUUUUACAACAAAAAGAAAAAAAAUCAGAGAUGUCAAGUGGAACAGUGAGAAGGGUCUCUCGUCAAGAUAUACAACUGGUUCAAAACCUUAUAGAACGAUGCCUUCAACUUUACAUGAAUCAGAAAGAAGUCGUGGAAACUUUACUGGAGCAAGCUAAAAUCGAACCUGGUUUCACAGAACUAGUUUGGCAGAAGCUUGAAGAAGAGAACCGUGAGUUUUUCAAGGCUUACUAUCUUAGGCUGAUGGUGAAACACCAGAUCAUGGAAUUCAACAAGCUCCUUGAGCAGCAGGUUCACCAUAUGCAGCAGAUGCAUCCAACUGGACUUACCUCUUCCGUCCAGAACACAAACGGUCCCCACAUCCAAUCAAUGAAUCAGAAACAGUUGGGGUAUGCCUCUGAACACACUGAUCAAUCGUUGAAGUCCAAUGCACAUCAUCACCCUAUGCCCUCGAAUCUGUCUAACGCAUACCUCAACGGCUCUUCAACACUCAACACAAACGUGUCCCCAUCUGUGAACAUAUCAACAACAACCCACGCUAGGAGAGCUGACGCUUCUCCACCGAACAUGAUCUCAUCGCAGACCACAAACAUGCCACCUAUGAUGCAAGGGAUGAAUGGCGGAGGAGGAGGGAUGAUCAAGUCUGAGACUGCCUUUGCAAACCCUGCUUCGUUCAUGUAUGGUGGUGGUGGUGAACGGAACGCCUUAGAUGGACACUCCGCUGUUAGAGAAACUCCGAUCACAUCUUUCAGUAACGAGUCCAACAACAACAACAACCAACAGCCACUCGGUGAUACGCUUCUUGACGCAGAAGCUUCUACUUUUGGGUUCUUAGGUCAAAUCCCUAGGAACUUCAGCCUCUCUGAUUUGACAGCCGAUUUUUCGCAGAGCUCAGAGAUUCUGGAGAGCUAUGAUAAAUCACCCUUCCUUGUGCCGGAUUCUGAAACCUUCCUGGACUCCUGCGACAGGGGAGAAUAUCAAGGAGACAACAAGAGAUUGGAUACCAUAUCUGAAGGUUUCAGUUAUGACAACCUCGGGAGCGAGUAGUUGAUAGAUAACAUCUAUGCAGGUUUUUUGCCUUUCAUCAUCACUUAUAACAUAGGACACGUUUUGCGUACAAAAAGAUUCAGGCUUAUGAUGAUUUUCUUGCUUGCAAAGACUAUUGGGUGGGGGUGUAUAAAAGGAGAUUUUUAUUUUUAUUUCCAUUUAACAUUAUUACUUUAGCUUGAAGUUUGGUUGUAGUAGUAAUAAGUAUGUGAGAAUAUCAUUAUGUAAUUCUCAAGUGUGUGGUUUUGUCUUUAUGUAUUGUGUUUUAGUUUUGUACUUUUGUUAUACAAUUGUUUAUUAGUACUUCAAAUUUGGUGGAAGCUAAAUGUACGAGUUUUGUCAAGUUCA